AUGGUGGGUGAUGGCCCCUGCCUUAUCUCUGAUCUGGACUGGCAAGGCCAGCGGAGAUCAUUUUCAGAGAGAUAUGACCCCAGCUUGAAGACCAUGAUCCCAGUGAGACUCUAUGCAAGGCUGGCACCCAACCCUGUGGAUGACGCAGGGCUGCUCUCCUUUGCCACAUUCUCUUGGCUCACGCCAGUGAUGGUGAGAAGCUACAAGCACACGCUGACUGUGGACACCCUGCCCCCACUGUCACCAUAUGACUCAUUCGACACCAAUGCCAAAAGAUUUCAAAUCCUUUGGGAUGAAGAGGUAGAAAGGAUGGGUCCCGAGAAAGCCUCUCUGGGCUGAGUGGUCUGGAAAUUCCAGAGGACGCAUGUUUUGAUGGAUAUCGUGGCCAAUAUCCUGUGCAUUAUCACGGCAGCCAUAGGGUCGAUGGUUCUCAUUCACCAAAUCCUCCAGCAGACCGACAGCAUCUCCAGGAAGGUCUGGGUUGGCGUCAGCCUGUGCACAGCCUUUUUCACCACCGAGUUUACCAAAGUUGUCUUUUGGACCCUUGCCUGGGCCAUAAAUUACUGCACAGCGAUCCGGUUGAAGGUGGUCAUCUCCACCCUGGUUUUCGAAAACCUGGUGUCGUUCAAGACGCUGACACACAUCUCUGUUGGUGAGGUGCUCAAUAUACUAUCAAGUGAUAGUUAUUCUUUGUUUGAAGCUGCCUUGUUUUGUCCCUUGCCAGCCACCAUCCUUAUCCUAAUGGCUGUCUGUGCGGUGUACGCCUUUUUCAUUCUGGGGUCCACAGCUCUCAUCGGGAUAUCCGUGUAUGUGCUAUUUAUCCCCAUCCAGAUGUUUAUGGCUAAGCUCAAUUCAGCUUUUCGAUGAUCAGCAAUUUCAGUGACAGAUAAACGAGUUUAGACAAUGAAUGAGUUUCUGACCUGCAUCAAGCUGAUUAAAAUGUACACCUGGGAGAAAUCUUUUACGAACGCCAUCCGAGAUAUAAGGAAGAGGGAAAGGAGAUUACUGGAAAAAGCUGGAUUUGUCCAAAGUGGAAACUCAGCGCUGGCCCCCAUUGCAUCCACCGUAGCCAUUGUACUGACAUUCACCUGCCACAUCCUCCUGAGACGAAAGCUCACUGCCCCAGUGGCAUUUACUGUGAUUGCCAUGUUUAAUGUAAUGAAGUUUUCAAUUGCAAUCUUACCUUUCUUGGUCAAAGCAGCAGCUGAAGCCAAUGUCUCUCUAAGGAGAAUGAAGAAAAUUCUCAUAGCUAAAAGCCCCCCAUCUUACAUCACCCAACCAGAAGACCCAGAUACAGUCUUGCUUUUAGCAAAUGCCACCUUGACAUGGGAGCAAGAAACCAGGAGGAAAAGUGACCUAAAGAAAGUGUAGAACCAGAAAAAGCAUCUUCUUAAGAAAUUGAGGCCAGAGGCAUACAGUCUGAGUUUAUCAGGUCAGGGAGUCACCGGCGCCGAGGAGCAAUGUGGCAGCUGCAAAUCGGUUCUGCACAGUAUAAGCUUUGUGGUGAGAAAGGGGAAGGUCUUGGGCAUCUGUGGGAAUGUUGGAAGUGGAAAGAGAUCCCUCCUCGCAGCUCUCCUAGGACAGAUGCAGUUACAACAAGGGAUCGUGGCCGUCAACGGGACUCUGGCCUACGUUUCCCAGCAAGCAUGGAUCUUUCAGGGAAAUGUGAGAGAAAACGUAUUAUUUGGAGAAAAGUAUGAUCACCAAAGGUAUCAGCACGCGGUUCGUGUCUGUGCCCUUCAGGAGGACCUGAGCAGCCCACCUUACGGAGACUUGACUGAGAUCGGGGAGCGGGGCCUCAACCUCUCUGGGGGGCAGAGGCAGAGGAUCAGCCUGGCCCGAGCCGUCUACUUGAACCAUGAGAUCUACCUGCUGGAUGACCCGCUGUCGGCCUUGGACGCCCAUGUGGGGAAGCACGUCUUUGAGGAGUGCAUUGAGACGCUCAGGAGGAAGACCAUCGUCCUGGUGACCCACCAGCUGCAGUUCCUGGAGUAUUGUGAUGAAGUCAUCUUGGUGGAAGAUGGAGAGAUCUGUGAGAAGGGAACGUUAAUGGAGGAGAGAGGACUCUAUGCAAAACUGAUUCACAAACUCUGAGGGUUGCAAUUCAAGGAGCCUGAGCACAUUUAUGAUGCAGCAGUGGUGGAAGCCCUUAAGGAGAGUCCUGCUGAGAGAGAUGAAGACACUGGUACAAUAGUUUUGGCUCCAGGAGAUGAGAAACAUGAUGGAAAAGAACCUGAAACAGAAUCAGAGUUUGUAGACAUAAAAGGACUUGUGUUUGUCCCCACUGUUCCUCUGCACCAGCUCAUCCAGACUGAGUCCCCCCGGGGAGCAACCGUGACCUGGAAAACUUAUCACACGUACAUUAAAGCUUCUGGAGGGUACUUCCUCUCUCUCUUCGUGGUGUCCCUCUUCCUCCUGAUGAUCGGCAGCUCCGCCUUCAGCAACUUGUGGCUGGGUGUCUGGUUAAACAAGGGCUCACAGAUGACGUGUGGGCCUCACGGCGACAUGAGCACGUGCGAGGUGGGCCCGGUGCUGGCAGACGCCGGGCCGAGGGUGUACCAGUGGGCGCACUCAGGGUGCAUGGUGUCCGUGCUGGUGUUUGGCACCACCCGAGGCUUCACUUUCACCAGGACCACGCUGACGGCAUCCUUCUCACUGCACGACUGAGUGUUUGACAAGAUCCUGGAGAGCCCGAUGAGCUUCUUUGACAGGACUCCCGCCGGCAGGCUAAUGAACCGUUGUUCUGAGGACAUGGACGAGCUGGAUGUGAGGCUGCCGUUUCAUGCCGAGAACUUUCUGCAGAAGUUUUUUACGGUGCUGUUUAUUCUCGUGAUAUUGGCUGCUGUGUUUCCUGCUGUCCUUUUAGUCCUGGCCGGCCUGGUUGUAGGCGUCGUCAUUCUUUUACGCAUUUUUCACAGAGGAAUCCAGGAGCUCAAGAAGGUCGAAGGCGUCAGCCAGUCCCCCUGGGUCUCCCACGUAGCCUCGUGCAUGCAGGGCCUAGGAACCAUCCACGCCUACGCCAAGAGGGACGACCGCGUCAGCAACCAUCUCCUAUACUUUAACUGUGCUCUCAGGUGGUUUGCUCUAAGGAUGGAUGUCCUCAUGAACAUUGUCACCUUCAUUGUGGCCUUGUUGGUGACCCUGAGUUUCUCCUCAAUCAGUGCUUCAUCCAAAGGCUUGCCAUUGUCUUACAUCAUCCAGCUGAGUGGGCUGCUCCAAGUGUGUGUGCGGACAGGGACGGAGACCCAGGCCAAGUUCACCUCCGUGGAGCUGCUCAGGGAGUACAUUUCGACCUGUGUUCCUGAAUGCACUCACCCCCUCAAAGUAGGGACCUGUCCCCAUGACUGGCCCAGCCGCAGGGAGAUAACAUUCAGAGACUAUCAGAUGAGAUAUAGAGACAACACUCCCCUUGUUCUCAACAGGCUGAACUUGAACAUCCAGAGCGGGCAGACAGUUGGGAUUGUUUGAAGAACAGGUUCUAGCAAGUCAUCCUUAGGAAUGGCCUUGUUUCGUCUGGUGGAGCCCUCCAGUGGCACAACCCUCACUAGUGGCACGGACAUCUGUACUGUUGGUUGCGAAGACCUCAGAACCACUGUCAUCCCCCAGGAUCCUGUCCUGUUUGUAGGUACAGUAAGGUACAACUUGGAUCCCUUUGGGAGUCACAGCGAUGAGAUGCUCUGGCAGGUUCUGGAGAGAACAUUCAUGAGAGACACUAUAAUGAAACUCCCGGAAAAAUUACAGGCAGAAGUCACAGAAAAUGGAGAAAACUUCUCAGUAGGGGAACGUCAGCUGCUUUGUAUGGCCCGAGCGCUUCUCCGUAAUUCAAAAAUCAUUCUCCUUGAUGAAGCCACUGCCUCCAUGGACUCUAAGACCGACACCCUUGUUCAGAGCACCAUCAAAGAUGCCUUCAAAGACUGCACUGUGCUGACCAUUGCCCACCGCCUCAACACGGUCCUCAACUGUGACAAUGUCCUGGUCAUGGAAAUUGGGAAAGUGGUCGAGUUUGAUAAGCCUGAAGUCCUUGCUGAGAAGCUAGAUUCUGCGUUUGCGAUGUUACUAGCAGCAGAAAAAAAGUCCGACUAUAAAGGUCCCCAUAGGGGCCACAUCAGCUGAUUUUAGAGGAAGAGGAGGCUGUGUGAGAUAAGUCAGAUGUGCCUGCUGGGGGAGGGGCCGUUAUCUCAGGGGGCAGCCCUGGUCCACCAUCCCUCCCACGCCUGCAGCACAGGCAGAGCUGGGGUGGAGGUUGUUUCCUUGCCUCGCCCAGCACGUGCCUCCUGACCUCACUUGGAGGGUGUGGGUCUGGUCCUAGGUGAUGAACAGAGGCAGAAGAAGCUUGUGGGUUAAAAAACUGCCCCUCAACUUCUAAAACCCCAGCCAUCCCUCAUGUGUCCUCAUCAUUACCACCUCAGUGCCUGGGAAUGGAACCAUUGUAACCUUCAGUUAAAAACUGGUCAAACAGAAUGGAAAAAUCCCUAAGGAUGGACUUUGUAAAGGUUUCCUGCCUUGCUAUCAGAAGGGAAAAAACAGAGUUUUCUUCCUGCUUAACUCCUAUUCACAUCUAUUUGGAGCGUGUGACAAGUAACUACACAGAUCUGUAGCAUGAAAGAUUGAUUACAGUGUUGGGUGAAAAUUUAAAAAAAAAAUCAUAUUGUAUGUCCCAUUUGCUCUAUUAGAAUAACCAGGGAAACAAAAUGUUGGAGUUUUUCUGUAAAUUACAUUUUUAUAUCUUCUAUAUUGGUCAU